UUUCGGUACGAUAUGGCAAUCGAUCGGUUUGUAUGGUUAAACUGAUACCAACUGAAAAAGAUUCCAUCUUUCUUUCUUCUUUUGUCAACGCCUCUGCUUUUAAAUGUAAAGAUGAUUUGUAAAUUGUAACACUCAAAAAAGAAAAACUCUCUGCCUUGCUUUUGAGCUUGAAACCGGGUCAUGUUCUCUCUUCAUCUUACUCUUUAUAUUUUGCAUGCAUCUUUGUUCGUAGUUUUGGAGUUUAGUCAUUAGGGUUCAUAGGAGUUGGUGAGGCUAGAUGAAGAUCAACUGUUUUAAUACUACUUUAUUAACAACAAGUUAUUAAGUUAUAUAUGCCCAACGUUACUAGUGGUUUUUUCAAAAUAAUACUAUUGUAUAAAAGAGUGAACCCCUGACACUGACAUACUAAAGACUAAUGGUCAUUGUUUAAAAUUAAAACUCAUGCACAGAUGCUAACCUUUUCCACACAAAAUAUGUUUUAAACAGAUAAGAUCUUUAUCUAGAGAAGGAAAGAUUAAACCGGAGCCAUAAUCGGUUUAGAGACUGACCGAACUGAAAAGCUUCCGCAUCUUUUUAUGGGUCAACGACCAUGUUUUUUUAAGUAUAUAUAGAUGUUUGUCUAACACUCAAAAUACUCAAGAAAACUAAUGGGUUCUUGGAUACUCAAGUCGCUGCUCCUACAACUUCUAUUUGUGUUGAUUCAGCAUCAUGCUGAUGCAAGUUCAAUCAUCAGAUAUCUUCCAGGUUUUGAAGGCCCUCUUCCUUUUGAGCUUGAAACUGGGUACAUAGGAGUUAGUGAAGCAGAGGAAGAUCAGUUGUUCUACUACUUCAUUAAAUCCGAGAACAAUCCAAAAACAGACCCUCUUCUUGUCUGGUUAACUGGAGGACCUGGCUGCUCUUCUUUCUCUGGACUUGUUUAUGAGAAUGGACCUCUUGCUUUUAAGGUGGAGAUAUACAACGGAAGUAUCCCAUCUUUGGUCUCUACUACAUAUUCAUGGACUAAGGUAACAACAGUAAGUUGUAUUUCUAUCUUCCAUCUUCAAAUUUUAAUAUCAUUUCUUGAUUUUCAGGUGGCGAAUAUAAUAUAUUUGGAUCAACCUGUUGGAGCUGGCUUCUCCUACUCAAGAAACCUAUAUGCUGAUAUACCAAGUGACACUGGAUCAGUUAAGCGGGUCGAUGAGUUUGUCCGUAAGUGGCUAGCCAAGCAUCCUGAGUAUUCCUCAAACCCUUUCUAUGUCACCGGAAACUCUUAUUCCGGUAAGGUGAUUCCGGCCAUCGUUCAAGAAAUGUCAAAGGGAAAUUGUUUAUGCUGCAAACCUCAAAUAAAUCUUCAGGGCUAUGUGCUCGGAAACCCGGUAACGGACUUUGAUCUUGACAAUAACACUCGUGUUCCAUUUGCUCAUGGAAUGGCACUCAUCUCUGAUGAACUCUAUGAGUCAAUGAAGAUAAGCUGUGGAGAAAAGUAUGUUAAUGUAGAUCCUCUUAACACAGAAUGCUUGAAACUCAUUGAAGAGUUCAAGCAGAGUGUUUCUAGAAUAUAUGACGAGCUUGUCCUAGAUACUAAUUGUGACACUACAUCUCCUGAUUGCUAUACGUAUAGGUAUUUAUUAUCAGAAUAUUGGGCUAAUAACGAGAGCGUACGUAGAGCACUUGGAGUGGUGAAGGGGACUACAGAGAAAUGGGAACGUUGUAAUUAUAACGUGCAGUGCAAGCAAGACAUUAAAAGCAGCAUACCACACCAUCUUAGUAACAGCAUUGCAGGCUAUAGAUCUCUCAUCUUCAGCGGCGAUCACGAUAUGUCAAUCCCGUUCGUUUCAACUCGAGCAUGGAUAAAGUCUCUCAACUAUUCCGUUAUUGAUAAAUGGAGGCCAUGGAUGAUACUCGAUAAAGUCGCUGGAUACACCACUACUUACGCUAAUAAGAUGACAUUUGCUACUGUGAAGGGAGGUGGGCACACGUUAGAGUAUAAACCAGAGGAAAAUACAAUCAUGUUCAAGAGGUGGAUAAGUGGUCAACCUCUCUAAACACACAGAAGCAAUUAUCUUGGAGACUUGGACUCUUAUGAUUAACGUUUUAAGCAGAAAGUCUUUGGUUUUGGUUUGAUGAUUUAUCAUAAAUAAAAUGUUACAUGUUACUACUACGUAGUACGUACUCGUGGGUUUCCUUUACUACUUCCACUUUAUUUGUUAACCUUUCCUACCAACAAGUGAUUAAGUAUUUGUUCUUAUUA